AUGAGGCGGAACCUCAAAAUUCUAUUCCUUCUGGGCGCUGCCUGGAUGUUCUUUCUCUUCUACUAUAUGCAGCCGGACGCGGCGCCUUCAAAGGAGGAAAACAUAGCACUCCGUCUAAUAAAACAACAUGCAGAUGUUGAGGAACCAGAAAGCAGCCCGAUUUCCCUCGAAGAAUAUGGCACUGGGAGUACGGGGAAGUACUUCGACGAGGCUGGUUACGUCACUGGCGGUGCCAAGGAUAAUGACCCCUACGUCAGAAACAGAUUUAAUCAGGUUGCUUCUGAUGCGUUGCCUAGCAACCGGGGCGUGCCAGACACUAGGAAUGCCAUGUGCCGACUUAAGAAAUACGAUGACGACCUACCGCAAACAAGUGUGAUCAUAACCUUCCACAACGAAGCGCGAUCGACACUCCUGCGCACCAUUGUCAGUGUCCUCAAUCGAAGUCCAGAAUACCUCAUCAAAGAAAUAAUUCUAGUUGAUGACUUUAGUGACAAUCCUGAAGAUGGCGCCGCUCUUCGAGCAAUCCGAAAGGUCCAGGUCAUCCGGAAUUCAAAACGCGAAGGUCUCAUGAGGUCUCGCGUUCGAGGCGCGGACGCGGCUACGGCGCCGGUUCUCACAUUUUUAGACUCACAUGUGGAGUGUAAUGUCCAUUGGUUGGAACCGCUGCUACAAAGGGUUAAAGAGGACCCAACGCGCGUGGUCUGCCCAGUUAUAGACGUGAUCAGCAUGGAUACGUUCCAGUACAUCGGUGCGUCAGCGGAUCUACGCGGCGGCUUCGAUUGGAACUUGGUAUUCAAGUGGGAGUAUUUGUCGCAUGCGGAGCGAAGUGGCCGACUAAGCGACCCCACUCAAGUGAUCCGGACGCCAAUGAUAGCUGGGGGCCUCUUCAGCAUGGACCGAGCCUACUUCAAUAAGCUGGGCAAAUACGAUAUGAGAAUGGACGUCUGGGGUGGGGAGAAUCUCGAGAUCUCAUUCAGGGUCUGGCAAUGCGGUGGUUCCCUAGAAAUAGUGCCAUGUUCACGCGUCGGACACGUAUUCAGAAAACGUCAUCCAUACACCUUCCCGGGUGGUUCUGGAGCCGUAUUCGCAAGAAACACUAGAAGAGCUGCUGAAGUAUGGAUGGAUGACUACAAGGAGCUGUACUAUCGGUCGCAGCCAUUGGCAAAACAAGUGGAAUUUGGAGACAUAUCGGAGCGAAAAGCUUUAAGAGAGAAGCUUCACUGCAAGCCUUUCAGGUGGUACUUGGAGCACGUGUACCCAGAACUUCAAGUACCAGCAUUUGCUGGAGGAUACCGCACAAUACGUCAAGGUGAUAAAUGCCUGGACACCAUGGGACAUCUUGUUGACGGGACCUUGGGUCUGUACCCGUGUCACAAUACCGGUGGCAACCAGGAAUGGCUAUUGGAUAACGGCCUUCUACGGCAUCACACGCUUUGUAUGUCUCUGUCUAGUGAUAGAGUCACUACUGUGUUAUCCCCUUGUGACCAGUCUGAUGAAUUCCAACUAUGGAAGGUCAAGGGAUCAUUGAUUAAGCACUUAAAAACAGACACUUGUCUGGACUCAGAUAGACCUGCCUUAUACUUAGCCAAGUGUGAUAUAAGUAAGCCCAGUCAGCUCUUUGUUUAUUGA